UGCGGCUCUGAUGCGCGUCAUAGUUGACUUCCGUCACGUCCUCCAGGCUGGAAGGCGCGUUCGUGGUAGUUGCCAAUUGCAAUCAGAUCAAUUUGUUCAUGGCUUCAACAUAACACAACCUCUCCUACCAUGAACAUCAUACAUGUGAACGUGCGAUUGAUCCUACUACCACCAUCAUCAUGAGACUUACUACCUGGAAUGUCAACGGCAUUCGCAACCCAUUCUCUUACCAACCAUGGAGUACAACAAAAACUUUCCCAGCCAUGUUCGAUAUCCUCGAGGCCGACAUCAUUGUGAUGCAGGAGCUGAAGAUUCAGCGAAAAGAUCUGCGUGAUGACAUGGUAAUACUGGACGGCUGGGAUUGCUACUUCAGCCUGCCAAAGCAGAAGAAAGGCUAUUCUGGCGUAGGCAUAUACACCCGCAAUUCCACCUGCUCUCCCAUUCGAGCCGAAGAGGGUAUUCUGGGAGUUCUAACGCCACCAAACUCGACAACCCAAUAUCGCAAUCUGCCCGAGUCCCAGCAUGUCGGUGGCUACCUUUCCGAGAUGGAGCUUCUCGAGCUCGGUGUUGAUCCUCUUCUUCUGGACGCCGAGGGUCGCUGCGUGUGUCUUGAGUUUCCCGCCUUCGUGCUCUUUGGCGUCUACAGUCCUGCCAACUCCAACGGCCUUAGAGAUGAUUUUCGCUAUGCCUUCCUGACUGCCUUGGACUGCCGCAUUCGCAAGCUCAACAAGAUGGGCAAGCGAGUCAUUCUGACCGGCGACCUCAAUGUCUCUCGCGGCUUGAUCGAUACAGCGUCCGCUACUGAAGACAUCAAGAAGGCAGGUCUGACAGCCGAGGAAUAUGUCAGCACCCCUAACCGUAGGAUUUUCAACCAGCUCAUCAUUGGUGGUGAGGUCUACGGCGAAAGGGACGAAGGUCGGGAACAGCCGCUUCUGCUAGACACCACCAGAGAGUUCCACCCCGAGAGGAAGGGCAUGUACACUCAUUGGGAGCAGAAGAUCAACGCCAGACCUGGAAACUUUGGAAGCCGCAUCGACUUUGUUCUUGCGAGUGGCUCUAUGCGGGAUUGGUUCAUCCACGCCGACAUCCAAGAAGGACUCUUUGGCUCUGAUCAUUGUCCAGUUUAUGGCGAGUUCAAGAACAUCGUCAAUGUCGACCGUGAUGGCGAUCAGAUAGAGAUCCAACUGGUCGAUAUCAUGAACCCACCUGGUGUGUUCAACAAUGGCGUCAGAGAGAAGGACUGGAACAUCAAAGAACUUCCUCCAUUCAGUGCCAGACUCAUGCCAGAGUUCUAUCAAAGAAGAAGCAUCAAAGACAUGUUCAAGAAGUCUGCUGCUCCUGCCGCCUCUGCUUCGUCAUCAAGCAGCCUGGCAGCCGCGACCCCCAAGCCGCAGGCUGAGCAUACCACGGGCGAAACAUCUUCGGCAAGUGUAGGCUCGUCCGUGGUAGCAGCUUCCUCAAGAUCGAUCGCUCCUUCUUCUCCUGAGAAGAAACGCAAAGCAUCGGAGGUGUCUGCUAUUCAGACAACGAAGAAGCAGAAAUCCACUCCCGCUGCCUCAUCGAAGGCCGCACCCACCAAAGGUCAAAAGAGCUUGAAGGGCUUCUUCCAAGCAAAGCCAAAGCCAGAGGACCCGGCAGAGGACACGAAAGAGGAUGUGCCCGUAUCUGGCAAGGCUGGCGUGGUGGGAGACGCAGAGGAGAUGGUAGGCGAUUCCACCAUAUCAGAAGCAACUGCUGCAUCAUCUACGCCGCAUUUUUCCAGCACCAGAGACUUGAGAUCCUCAGCUAAUCUUCGAGGCAGCCCAGCAGCAUCUAACGCUCCUCUGAAGUUGGAUGAUCAGCCGCCGCCAGACGAUGCUGAUGAGAUGGUCUACGAUCCAAUUGUCAACAAGGAGUCGUGGCAGAGCUUAUUCCGUAAGCCAGCAGCGCCGCUGUGCGAAGGACAUGAAGAGCCAUGCAAAAGCAUGCAGACAAAGAAGAAAGGCGAGAACCAAGGACGUAGCUUCUGGAUGUGUGCAAGGCCGCUGGGGCCAUCGGGCAACAAGGAGAAAGGCACACAGUGGCGAUGCCCAACAUUCAUAUGGUGCAGCGACUUCAAAGCCGGCGAGACGAGGUAGACAAGAGGAGAUCACGAAGACGAGAGAACAACAAGGUAUUAGACAGAAUUAGUUGUGGUUGAUUGCUAUGAUGAGAAGAAAAGCAUUAUGUGCUCGCUUGAACGAAGAAGUCGAAAUGAAAAAGAAAACAAACUUGAAACAGCCAAUGCCC